GCUUCAAAACAUCCAAUCAGGGGAGACUCUGAACCUGGUUUUCUUCUGAACUCACAAGUUCAUUAUCUCACUAUCACUUUGUCUGAACAGGAACGAUGAUCACACUCUUUGUCGCUCUUUCUCUUGCCACAACUGUGAAAACUUCUGAUGUCGAGGAUCUUCAAGUUCAAAAAGUCAAGCGUGGGGGAGAUGUAACCAUAAAAUGUGACAACUUAUACACUGAAGUUAAUUUUAUUUGGUUCAAACAGAGUUUUGGAAAAUAUCCUCAGGAAGUGGUGAAACAGGUGGAUAAAAGGAACAGAUACGGUGCACAAUUUAAUGAUGGACGCUUCAGUAUUAGUGAAGAUAAAAAACCGUUUAAUCUCAACAUUAAAGAAAUCAAAGAAGAGGAUUCAGGAACAUAUUUCUGUGCAGAACUGCGGGCAUCUUCACUACGCUUUUCAUCUGGAACCGUUUUGGUUGUUGAAGCUGAGGAGAAGAAACAACAUCCUCCGACUGUCACAGUGAUGGAGAACGGAGAGUCGCUCACACUCCAGUGUUCAGUACAAGUGUUUACUUCAAGCUGUGAAGGACAGAGUGUGUACUGGUUCAGACACGGCUCAGGAGAAUCUCAUCCAGGAAUCAUUUACACUCAUGGAGACGGCAGUGAUGAGUGUAAGAAGAGCUCUGAGGCUGGUUCUCCUACACAGAGCUGUGUCUACACUCUCCCCAAGAGGAACCUCACAACCUCUGAUAAUGGAACGUUCUACUGUGCUGUGGCUGCGUGUGGACAAAUCCUCUUUGGGAAUGGAAUUAAAGUGGAAGUAAAAGGUUCCAGUGACAAUACUGAUCAGAUGGAUUUGUUGUUCUGGCUCUCCGUUUUUAGAGUUGGAGUUCUUGCCUUCAUACUUAUUAUCUUUACAAUGUAUUACAAUGUUUUAAAAUUAAGAUCAAUUUAGAACUUAAUAUUUCAAGACAAAUCUAAUAAAUGCGUUACAUAAAGGGAAAAAAUGUUAGUUUCAACUUUUGCUAAUUGCUUUGUUUUUCUACCUAGAUUUAUUUUAUUUGGUUCAGAACUGAAAAAAAAAACAUUUAAAUAAAUAAAAUUUGUAAUGAAUAUAAAAUGUGUUAGUCCUCUUGAUUUAUGAGAUCUAUUACAUUUUCCAUCUUGGUAUGUGAUUUAUUUUUUUUAUUUUUUAAAAUGUUUUGUGAAAUAAACUGCAGCAUUUUUCCUUUAAUAUAUUUGACAAGAGCUGCAGUGAAUGAAUGGAGUGAAUUAAUACAAAUGUGACAGUACUAUUAAAUAGCAAUUAUUUGUUUUUCACUA